AUGGCUUCUCCUCACCCUGCCGUUGCGACAAGGCCAGCGUCGGUCGCGUCGCCUCAGCCGGCGGGCUCAUCGGCGCACCAGCCUGUCCAGCCUGUCCGUCUCCCGCCCGUCUCGCUCCCGCCGGCAGACUUUCUCGACCCAGCCGGCUUCAACCCAGCGCGGCGACAGUCGAUCAACUCGGACCCGGUCCUUCACGCCUUCUCUGUGUCCGCCGACGCUUCUUCCCAACCGCACGACUCGUACGCGCACCCAUCGCACCAGCGUCACCCGCUCGCAGACGGCGGACAUCCCCUGCACGGCGGGGAGGGCGAGAUGGACGGCGCAGGAGGAGGAGGAGCGCAGCGGUACGGACAGCCCGGUAACGAAGGCGGACAGGGCCAGAUCCACUUCAGCACGUCCUUCCCGCCGCCUAGCUCGCUCGCUCCUGCGGCGAGUCACUAUCCGCACCCGUCCCUCGGCCCGCCUGCCAACUACCGCUUUGGCGGUCCCCCUCCCCCUCCGCAUCCCACUCAGCAGCCACACGACUCGACGUCGUAUUUCGACUACUCGAUGCGACGGCAUUCGCUCACGAACAACGCGCCGGCGCAGGGGAUGCAGCACCCAGGCGCACACGACCUCCCCCCUCCCGUCCCGCUUCCGAACCUGAAGCGCAAAACGUCCGGCGACGACGCAGAAGCCGAAGACAGCUACUCGUACCCUCCUUCGUCCUCGUACCCCGAUAACCAGGGCCACCUUGUCAAUGCGCCUCCGCAUCCGAAACGACGGACGUCGUCGCUCACGUUCGACAAGAUGAACAACUUGAGCCUGGCGGAGCAGGCGAGGCGCGACUCGUCGUAUGGCCCCAUGAGUCCGUGGGAAGACGAUCGCCGAGGGAGCGGCGAGAGUUAUGCGAGUAUGGGCAGUCAGGGGUACUCGGUCCCGGCGUACCUUCACCCUCAGCAGGCGUACGACCAGCGAGGACCGCCUCAGGCGCCUUACUCGACCGCAGGCGGACCGAUGCCUCCUGCGCAAGCGUGGGACGCACACCAAGUCGGUCCGCGGGGGUCGAUCUCGCGCGGCGGACCGUACGAGCAACAACAGCCCAGCGAGCCGUUCACGCGACGACCGAGCAUCCCGAGCGUCAGCCAGAUGAUGCAGGGCCAGCAGGCUUUCUACCCGGCUCAGAGCGGUCCACCUCCUCAAUCCGCCCCGCCAAGUCAGCCUCACCCGCCUCAACCGUUCGCUUCCGUCUCUCGAGCCGGCCCAGGUCAUCCGUCUGUCGUCGUCUCUUCGCUCCCUCACACGCCAACCGAGAUGGACGACCCGUCUCGCUCGGGGCCUUAUGCGACACCGACUUCCGCAGGCCCCUACCCAGGCUCCCAGCAACAAGCUCCCUGGGUUCGCACGAACGCCCCGCCUCCGCACCCUCAACCGACUCGACAAGGUUCCUCCAGCUCGCUCGACCCGUCUUCAGCCUACGGACCGGGCCAAGUCCCGCCAUCGAAGGAGACGCCGUACUCGCGCAGUCCCGAGUUGCGCGUGAGCCACAAACUUGCGGAACGGAAGAGGAGGAAGGAGAUGGCGCAGUUGUUUGAGGAUUUGAGGGAGAGCUUGCCGUUUGAUCGCGCGCUCAAGGCGAGCAAGUGGGAGAUUUUGAGCAAGGCCAUCGAGUAUGUCGGCACGCUCAAAUCGUACUGCCACGAGGUCGCUUCCGAGAACCGCUCGAUGCGCGAACACUACAACCUCCCUCCCUCGUCCAUCGAGGAACCCCCCGGCCUCGGUUCGGCGGCCGACCAUUUCCGCCCCGAUCUCGACGGCUCGGCCACCUCGACCGUUCGAGGCGCGCAGUCCCCCUCGCCCGAAGCGAGUCCGGCACCGAACAGCCUCCAGAACGGCUCGCCGUUCCCGUCCUCGUCCAACUCGUCGUCGUCGCACAACCCGCCCCCUGCCCCGCCGGCUCGACCACGGUCUCAGGCGUCUCAGGGACAGGUUCAGUGGCACCAGCAUCGGCAGUACCAACCGACUGGCUCGCCGAUGCAAGGACAGCCGCUCAAGCUCAAGCUGGCGGACGUCGUCGCGCCGAACGGUGGCCUGCCUCAACCCAGCCCACCGCUCUCGCAGCACUCGUCGAACGCGUCCGGCUCACCCGUCGUCGGCGCCAACGCACCCAUCGACCCGCUCGACCACGCCACGAGUCCAGUCGUGACGAACGGCGUCGGCGCUUGA